AUGGCGGUUAUUGUGGUGGUGAAGGUGAUGAUGAUGGUUAUGAUAAUUGUAAUAAAGAAGAUGAAAAUAAUAAUGAUGGUGAUGAUGAUAGAAAUGAUUAAUAUGAUGGUGAUAACCAUGGUGGUGAUGAUUGAAGAUGGUCAUGGUAAUGGUGAUGGAGAUAUUGUAGUUGAUAAUGGUAGUGAUGAUUAUGAUGACGAUGGUAAUAAUGUAGAUGAUAAUAGUGAUAAAAAAGAAGAUUUUGGAGAGGAAGAUGCUUAUGAUGUGUGUGAAGAUGAUGAUGAUAGUGAUAAUGAAAAUGAUGAUAAUCAUUGUGAUCGACAUGAUGGCACCAGUGAUGAUGAUGAUAAUCAUUAUGAGGAUAAUGCAAAUGGUAGUGAAGAUGAUACUGUGAUAACUGAUAAUAAUGGUGAAAUCGGUGAUGGUGAUGAUAAUUCUGUUGAUGAUGAAGGUAUUGAUUAUGAUGGUAUUAUCGAUGAAAAUGAUUCUGGCAGUGAUGAGAGUUAUGCUAAUGAUGGUGAUAAUUGUGAAGAUGUUGAGGAUACUGCUGCUGAGAGUGAUUUUGUUAAUUAUGGUGAUAGUGAUGAUGGUAAUGGUAAUGAUGGUGAACAUUAUAUUGAUGAGAUAAAGGUGAAGAAUGAUGUUGAUCAUAUUGAUGAUCAAGGUUAUGAUAAUGGAGACAAUGAAAAUGAUGAUGGGGAUGAUGUUGAGAAUGACAAUGGUGAUGGACAUGGUGAUAAUCAUGGUGAUCAUGAUAAUGCUGUUGUCCAUGAUUGUAAUUUUAUUGGUGAUGAUGAGGAUGGUGAAGAUAAAGAUAAUGGUGAUAAUGAAGAUGAUGAAAUAAUGAUAGUAAUUUUCAUGUUGGUGAUGAUGAUGGCCAUAAUGGGGAACAAUAUGGUGAAAGUAAUGGUGAUAAUGAUGGUAAGGAUCAUGAUAUGCAGAGGUAAGAAUGAGAAUGAAUCUGAUAAAAGGGAGCUGGUGUUCGAAGAAGAUGGACAAGAGUAUGCUCAGGUACUGAAAAUGUUGAGAAAUGGAGUUAGAAAAGCAAUGUGUUUCUAUGGUAUAUAGAGGUUAUGUCACAUCAGAGGGAAACUGAGAAAAAAUGAUAACAGUGCUGAUAUAAUUAAAUACAAUGCAGAUGAAGCUACAAGCCUGAAGACAUAUGGUGAACUUCUGGAGUAUGCUGAAAUCAAUGAACGUGACACAUUUGGCCCUGGAGAUGAUGACAAAAUUAAUUUUGAUGACGCUGGAGAUGUUGAUGAAGAUAUUGAUGAUAUCUAA